GGCUCGGCGAUGAGAAAGGAGAAGCCCGACACUUCCUUCGCCCUUGCGCUUUGCCUCCAGCUCCCUCAUCUCGGGCAGGAGACCCCCCCCACCUCCCAGCGCGCCCCGCCCUGCGUAGCGCAAGGGUGUCUCCCCGCCCUGCUUUGUUUCUUCCUUGCGCUUGCGUGGUGUCUGCCCGCCGAGGCUCCGUGCGGUGCGGUGCGCCUGCUGGCGUUGCUAUUGCUGUUGCGCCUUGGCUCGCCCGGAGAAGGUGCGCUUGCCGAAAAACGCCGGGGAAGGGCUCGUCUUCGCCGAAGAAGGGAGGCUCUUGCGUUCAUUCCCAGGCGCCUCCGGCUAUGGAGGCCGCUUUGGUAAAACCGAUGGUCGCGGAGGUGAAGCCGGGUGCCGUGAGCGCCGAGCUGGAGGUGAAGAAGCUGCAGGAGCUGGUGCGCAAGCUGGAGAAGCAAAACGAGCAGCUGCGCAAUAGAGCCGCUGCCACCUCGCCUUCUUCAGCGCCUGGACUGAGCCCGAACAGCCCUCUGCAGCCGCGGCUCAUAGCCGCUGCCGCCGCCGCACAAGUCCCCCGCAGCAGCUCCCCGCCAGCCGGCAGGUCGAGCCCAGCGCCAGCUCUCGUGUGCCAAGCCGAGCCUUUCGUCUACUUCAAGCCGUCCCCCAUCGGGGGACCCCACGAGGCCCUUGCCGCCACUUCCAUCCUUCUGACUCCGGCCAGCCUUUUGGAUGAGGUGGAAAUCCUGGAUCUUCGGGGGCUCGAUUGCCCUGGCCGGGAAGAAAAGGAAGAAGAGCGUCCGCGCUUCGAGGAAGAGGAAACCUGGUUAUAUGCUGCACCUGCUAAGGGUAUCAUGCAGCAAGAAAAGUCACUGACUCCUCUGCAAUGGUGUCGACAUGUUCUUGAUAAUCCAAGCCCUGAGAUGGAAGCUGCAAAGCGUUCUUUGUGCUUCAGGCUGGAACAAGCUAGUAGAUGGCGGAGUCUCUUCUCUUCAUCCUUGGCUUUUCCUUAUAGUCCUGUUGCAAGGUUUACUCCAUAUAGCAAUAGCUUUAACAGUCCUGCGUUCCCUAAAACCUUCAGCAAAGCAAUAUUAACACCUGAACAAACAGAUUGCAUUUCUAGAAGCUCUCCUCUUAGUCCCCAGUCAUCUCUGGACAGUGAAUUGAGCACUCCAGAAUUAGAAGAUGAUUCCAUUUCCAUGGGAUACAAACUACAAGACCUCACAGAUGUCCAGAUCAUGGCUCGGCUACAAGAAGAAAGCCUGAGGCAAGACUAUGCUUCAACUUCAACAUCAGUGUCAAGAAACAGUUCCAGUGUAUCUCUUCCUUUGAUCAAAAAAGGGACCAGUGGUGAUCAGGAAUUUGAUCGUUAUAGCCUUGAAGACGAGGAAGAAUUUGACCACUUGCCCCCUCCACAGCCUCGGCUCACACGUUGCUCUCCUUUCCAAAAAGGAAUUCCCCAUUCCCAAACUUUCUCCAAUAUACGGGACUGUAGGAGGAGCCCAAUUUCCCCAUAUUUUCCCUACAGUAAUAACAGUCAACAGCAGCCAUUUUGUUCUCCUCAACCCCCAAAUCUUCUGGAGUCUCAAUCAACCAAAAUUAAUGGAGACAAACUCCGAAGAAGCAUGCCUAAUUUAGCUCGAAUGCCAAGUACCCUUACUGUCAAUACAAACAGCAGCCCUGCCAGUUCUGUGAGGAACAGCCUAAGUUUUGAUUCUAACUUGCAUGGAGCCAGUAACGGGGUAUCCAGAAUGCAGUCUUGCAUUCCUUCACCAGGGCAACUUCAACACAGAGUCCACAGUGUGGGACACUUUCCAAUAUCUGCUAGGCAGCCCCUCAAAGCUAUGGCCUAUGUGAGUCCAACAGUUCAAGGAAGCAAUAGUGGCAGCGGCCUUGCAUUGCCCAGCAGCAGCAGUUUGCAGAUGCACUCCAGCACAGGCAUCCCAGUGCCAAACAAGACUGCAAACACAAGCAUUGUAACACGUAGUAGCCUUCCUAGGCCUUCCCUGGCCAUAGGUGGAAGCAGUAUACCUAGGAGCAAAAUUGCACAGCCAAUUCGAAGUUUUCUCCAGCCACCAAAACCUCUUUCUUCAUUUACUACUCUACGGGAUGGGAACUGGAGAGAUGGCUGUUAUUGAUGUCAGAUCAAUCUGAAUCCCAUUCAAGAAAUAGCUCAGAUCUCCUACCCAGCUGGCUGGGUAAAUAUAACUUUGGGGGUGCUAUAAUGUAGUGCUCUUUGUUAUUCUUCUGUACUUAUCAUUGUCACUAAAUAUAUUGCACUUAAUUGUCCGCUUAAGCAAAAAGCAAUACAGAUAGUUCUAGACUUACGACUUUCAGUUGGGACUGAAAUUUUGGUUGCUGAGCAAUAUAGUCAUUAAAUGACUCAUCAUGUAACUGGGCCUCAUUUUACCCAUUUUUACCAUGGUUAUUAAGUGAAUCACGUAGUCAUUAAGGGAGUCAUGUUUGUCAAGCAAAUCUGGCUUCCCCAAUUGACUUAGCUUGUUGGAAGCCAACUGGGAAGAUCAUAAAUUGCAAUCAUGUGACCACAAGAUGAUACAACGAUUGCACACACAAUGUCCCUGGAUUACAAUCAGUACCAGCUGCCAUGUGCCUGAAUUGCAAUUAUGGGACUGAAGGGUUGCUGCAACAGUUGUAGCUUUAAGGACAGGUUCCAAGACCACUGUAACUUGGAACCAUUGUUAAAUGAUCGUAAGUCAAGGACUAUCUGUAUCAUGAAGCAUUGCAUUAUUCUUAUUUUAAGUUUCAAAGUACAUGCACAAAGUACCUGAAGUGUCCCCCUUGGGGAGUCAAAAUGUGACUUCUGAAUGUUUAGUCAGAAUGAAGUGAGUUUAUUUUUUUAAAAAAGUGUUCCUUGCUUUCUUUGCUUUCUUUGCUCUCUUUAAGUAGGCAUUUUUUACCUUGUAGAUUUACAAAUUAUUAUGUACUUCAUUUUUUAUAGUCUUUUCAAGAAAGCAUAUUUUUUGCACUUGAUAUCUUUUUGUAUUUGCUUGAAACAGUGUCAAAAUUUUCAUGUACAUUAUAUAUAUAUAUUCUUUGAAUGAUCAGUACUUGAUCAGAAUAUGUAUUAAGCAUAUACCCAAAUCCAAUUAGGUCUAUCUGUGCCAACUUUAUAUAGAUCUCUGCUAAGUUGCUCAAAUACUUAAUGAAAGUUCCAAUCAGUCUUCAACAGUAAUUUAAAUGAUACAGUCAAUCAUGUGGGCAUAGGGAAGCAGGAGCAGUGAGGAAGAAGGAACAGAAAGCAGAGAUUGGAUUUUUAUGAAGACUGAAUGGAUGGGAAAUAUGAUAGUCAAUAAAACAUUGUGAAUGUAUGAUACAACAGAAUGCACUUACCAACCUUUUAAUUUAAAUUGCCAUACCUUUGGGUAGUCAUGAGUUUGUUCCCUCACCUCCUUGUUAAUUUAUCACCACAACGUUCUAUUUCUAAGGAAAUGUGUAAAUUGCAUUGCACUUAAAAGUUGCAGUGAUCUCUUAUAUAGUCAGAUUUCAAUACUUUAUUACAAAGAAUACACUUGCAGUGUUUUAUUAACAAUUGUAUAUGAUGGAAAUGAAUAUGUUUUCAUGGAAGUAUUACAUUUUUGAUAAAAACUUUCACAAAACAUUGAAUUGCACUAAUAAAUGCUUUCUUACUUAAAGAGGGUGAUUUGAAUACUUGACUACAACUUGCAUUCUGCAGUAUUGCAGGCUAAGUCAUUGCCCACCCCAGCAGUUUGAUUCUAACCAGCUCAAGGUUGACUCAGCCAUCCAUCCUUUCAGUAAAAUGAGGAUCCAGAUUGUUGGGAGGCAAUAUGCUGACUCUGUAAACUGCUUAGAGAGGGGUGUAAAGCACUGUGAAGCGGUAUAUGUCUAAGUGCUAUUGCUAUUCUGCGGAUCUGGAAAGUUUCAGAAAUAAGGACAUCUAUUUCAGCAAUAGAAUAUUUUUGGAUGUGCAACAGAAAUGGAGCGUCUGUGUUUGCUCUGCUCCAUUUUUAUUUAACAAGUAUACAGUCUUAUUGAGGUGAGUAUCCCUUAGCCACAAAGUAAAUUAAAGAUAUCUAGCAGCCUGACUCUUGAUUAGGAAUUUUCCUGCCAGGAAAAUGGCAGGAACUUAUCAGGGCAGUUUCUGAAAAUUGGACACAAUUGAACAAAAGAAAAUAAACAAACAAACAAAUAAAGUACCUGAUGUAUCUGUACAAGUCAUGCAGUUCCUCCAAAUUCCACCCCAGCAGAGUAAUUGCACAGCAGAAAGUGUGACAUAUCAUCUUGAGUGAGCUACAGUAAAUGAAGUCCCAACUUUAUUUUGUUCUCUACAGUCUUUCUCAAUUUGAAUUUAAUGAAGUCAAAUGUUGAAAAACAAAUGUGAGGAGGUGCAACUGUGUUCUGCCCUAAUUUGGACGUUCUUGUCCAUAUGAAUAAACAGCUAGACCAAAGAAAAUCACAAUGCUACAUCAGACUGCGUACUACAGUAUUUAUCAUGGCCUUAGCAAGUGGGAAAGAAAACAUUUGCUCCAAUGAUCCCUGAUCUCUCCUGGAGAAAACUUAUCAAUAUUCACAGCAGAGUCAACAUACGGACUGUUGAACAGUAUACACCAAACCUGGAAUCUACAGAUUCUGCUAUUAAUAAGUUUUAAACUAUAAUAGUUGCUUUACAAAUUUGUGAUGGAUUACAUAACAAGUGAAAUUCAUAAGUUCAGUAUGAUAUAAAAAGCACUCAGACAACAUGAACCUCAGUAUGUACAUACAUACAUACAUACAUACAUACAUACAUACAUA